AUGCCUUCCUACACAGUGACUGUCGCCACAGGGAGCCAGUGGUUUGCAGGGACAGAUGACUACAUCUACAUAACACUGGUGGGCUCAGAGAGAUGCAGUGAGAGAACGCUUUUGGACAAACCUCUGUACAAUGACUUUGAGAGGGGUGCGGUGGACUCGUAUAACGUGAGCGUGGCAGAGAGCCUGGGCGAGGUCAUGUUGGUGAAGAUUGAAAAAAAUAAGUACUGGAGGCAAGAUGACUGGUACUGCAGGUACAUCACAGUGAAGACCCCAGAUGGAGACCAUGUGGAAUUCCCUUGUUUCCGCUGGCUGGUAGAUGACAAGGAAGUGAUUCUGAGGGACGGACGAGCACGUUUACCACAGCAUGAUAAGACCAGACUGGCCAAGGAGCACAGACACAAAGAGUUGCAAACAAGACAGAAAAAUUACAGGUGGAAAGAGUGGCAGCCAGGCUUCCCUAUGAGCAUAGACGCUGACAAACACAAAGAUUUGCCUCGGGACAUCCAGUUUGACUGUGAGAAAGGAAUGGACUUUGUACUGAACUACAGCAAGGCCAUAGAGAACCUGUGUGUGAACCAGUUUAUGCACAUGUUCCAGACCUCCUGGAAUGACUUUGCUGAUUUUGAGAGGAUCUUUGUGAGAAUCAAAAACACGAUUUCAGAGUAUGUGAUGCAGCACUGGAAGGAGGACUUCAUGUUUGGUUACCAGUUCCUGAAUGGCUGCAACCCGGUAAUAAUCCAAAAAUGCAUCAAACUUCCAGACAAGUUUCCCGUCACUCAUGAGAUGGUUGCUUUCUGCCUGGAGAGAGACAUGACCCUGGAGCAAGAGAUAGAGGAAGGUAACAUAUACAUAGCAGACUUUGAGGUCCUGGAUGGCAUCAGCCCUAACGGUACCGACCCGUGUACCCAGCAGUACCUGGCUGCUCCUAUCUGUUUGCUCUACAGGAAUGCCCAGAACAAGAUCCUGCCUCUGGCCAUACAGCUGAAGCAGACUCCAGGCGAGGACAACCCCAUCUACCUGCCCAGCGACAGCCAGUACGACUGGCUGCUGGCUAAGAUCUGGGUCCGCUCCGCCGACUUCCACGUCCAUCAGACUGUCACACAUCUGCUGAAGACACACCUCAUGUCCGAGGUGUUUGGCGUUGCCAUGUACAGGCAGCUUUCAGCGGUUCAUCCCGUCUAUAAGCUGCUGAUCCCACACAUUCGUUUCACCAUUGCCAUCAACACCAAGGCCAGGGAGGAGCUCAUCUGUGAAAACGGCAUCUUCGACAAGGCCAAUGGCACAGGUGGAGGUGGUCAUGUCCAGUUGGUGCAGAAGGCGAUGAAGUCGCUGACGUUCAGAUCUCUGUGCUUUCCUGAUGCCAUGAAGGCCCGCGGCAUGGACAGUAAGAAGGAACUGCCCACCUACUUCUAUCGAGAUGAUGGUAACAAAGUGUGGGAAGCCACCAAGAGUUUUGUGUCAGAUGUGUUGUCGAUCUACUACACCAGUGAUGAGGUACUACAGGGAGAUGAAGAGAUCCAGGCCUUUGUGAAAGAUGUGUGCAGCUUUGGUAUGCAAGACUUCGACUACUGUGAGUUCCCAAAGUCCUUGAAGACAUGCGAGGAGCUCACAGAGUAUCUGACCGUCGUGAUCUUCACAGCCUCAGCCCAGCAUGCAGCUGUCAAUUUCGGACAAUAUGACUGGUGCUCCUGGAUCCCCAAUGCCCCCUCUACAAUGCGUAAGCCCCCUCCAACACAGAAGGGAGCAAGUGAUGUGACACUUAUAAUCGAGAGCCUUCCUGAUCGAGGGCGCUCCUGCUGGCACCUGGGGGCUGUCUGGGCCCUCAGCCAGUACCAGGACAAUGAGCUGUACCUGGGCAUGUACCCUGAUGAGCAAUUCAUAGAGAAGCCGGUGAAGAAGGCCAUGGAGACAUUCAGGAAGCGGCUGGUGGACAUAAGCAGUGAAAUAAAGAGGAGGAAUGAGGGAAAGAGACUGCCUUACUACUACAUGUCCCCUGAUAGGAUCCCAAACAGUGUGGCUGUGUGAAGGAUAGAGGUUUUACUAAAAACCCUUCUCAAGAGGAUUAUCGUGUUCCUCCAUUGAUUUUAUUUGCUCUGUUUGUCUCUUGUGUCACUGUUGCAUGUGAUUAUCAUGCCAUUCUUUUCUAGAUUUAUCAGUGCAAAAAAAAACCCCAACUCUAAUGCUAAACCUUGUUUGUUUCAUAGAUGUAGUUAAAAUGGGUCAUUAUGUAUAGGCAAGGCUCAGCGUUUUCGGUUUUUAUUUUUCAAAGCCAGCCAGCAUGCCGGAUUUCACCACAAGAGGACACUGUUACAUAACCUCACACGAACAGGAACAACUUUUGGAUCCGUGGAAACAUAAAAUCCGGGGGGAAAUCGAUUUAAACUGAUCUGCUCCUUUUAAAAAAAUCUGGGUAUUUUUAGGUGAAAAUCGGUAAAACCCGAAAACGCUGAGCCUUGUGUAUGGGUUUAAAUGAGCACUGGUUUGGUGUUAAUGUUGAAUGUCAUUUUUGCUUCCUUCACUGUCCUUGUGAUGCUCGAAGUGCGAAGGCAAUCGCCCCCUUAAUAAGAAUAGCGUUCUUAACUGCAGCACAUCUGCUGAUGAUAGAACAGGGACUACAGCUAGCAUACAUUAUUUGUUAUGCUGUGCAAAACAAAUAGUCACAUCGCAGCAGUCCAUAACACAUGAAACACAGAAACGACAAUAAAUUACUAUAA